UGAGUGCACAUGCGACCUUCUCUCUCUACACCUGCUCUGUCUUCAACCUCGCCCCGCCAAUUGCACGUCAAACGCCAUGCAGCAUGUCCUGGAGCCGCAGAGAGGACGCGCGUGGGUCGAGUCGCCGUACCUGCGGUCCUUAAUCGCCGGAGGCCUCGCCGGCACGACCGUCGACCUCUCCCUCUUCCCCCUCGACACUCUGAAAACGCGCCUCCAGUCCUCCGCAGGCUUCGCAUCAUCGGGCGGCUUCUCCGGCAUAUACCGCGGCGUCGGGUCCGCCGUGAUCGGGUCCGCCCCCGGCGCCGCCCUCUUCUUCAUCACGUACGACUCGAUCAAGCGGCACUUCAUCACGCCGGCGCCGCGGACGCUGCGCAACGCGGAGGGGCGGCCGUACGUGGGCGGCGCGGGGGUGGACAAGGGCCGCGAGGCGGGCGUGCACAUGCUGGCGGCGAGUAUGGGGGAGGUGGCGGCGUGUGCGGUGCGUGUGCCGACGGAGGUGGUGAAGCAGCGUGCGCAGGCGAGACAGCAUAAUUCGUCGGCCGAGGCGCUGUGGCAUAUUUUGGAUCAGAGGCGGGGGAAGGGGUAUGUGCAUGUUUGGAGGGAGCUGUAUAGAGGGUGGAGUAUUACGAUUAUGAGGGAGGUGCCGUUUACGGUUAUUCAGUUUCCGCUGUGGGAGGCGUUGAAGAGGUGGAGGGUUGAUGGGACGGGGAGGGAGAAUGUGUCGGGGUUGGAGGGGGGGUUGUUGGGGAGCGUUGCUGGGGCGGUCGCGGCGGGGAUUACGACGCCGUUGGAUGUGUUGAAGACGCGGAUGAUGCUUGCGAAGGAGCGCCAGCCGAUGUUCACGAUGUUGAGUGCGAUUUUGAAGGAGAGCGGGCCGAGGGCGUUCUUCGCUGGUAUAGGUCCGCGAGUUGGGUGGAUCAGUGUGGGCGGUGCAAUCUUUUUGGGGAGCUAUCAAUGGGCGAGUAAUGCAUUGGGAGGACUACGAGAGGUAUGAUGAUCUGCCGGAAGGACGGCCGUACGUGAAAGAAGAAGAGGACGAUGAUAUUGUGUGGCCAUUUUACACUAUCAUCGAUGUACUAUAACGCAACACCUUUCCACCACCCAACUGAUUGUAUAAUAGCAGUGGGAAUAGAAGAGACGACAUGGGUAUGUGCAAGGCAUCUAUGUACAGGACAUAAACAAAUGCAGCGAUUCAAC